AUGGGUACAUCAAUUUGUGUUAAAGGAUCCAAAUAAACUCAAGAGGAAAUAAAAACAAGGUCGUAAUGCUUAAGUAAAAUAAUUGGCCCACCCCAUUUAUUUAAACCUACUCCAGUUAUCAGUAUUUUAAUAACUGAUGAAUAGGUUGAGAAGGAGGAAUCUCCAAAAAAUGAAUUAUCUCAAUCAUAAAAUGGCAGACGGAGUGAACAGCUCUAGUUUUAUACAGCUUAACAAUCUGAAGAGAUUGACAGCUAACAAUAAAAUCCCUGGAUAAAGAAAAAUUUUGCCAUUGAAGCCAUCAAUAUAUCCAAAUUUAAAAAUGAUGAUAUGAAUAAUUCUAACAAUGGCAAUCUAAAUGGCAAUCUAAAUAAUUCUUUUGAACAAAAAAAUCCAAUGGCUGAACCCUCUAAACAUAAGCCUGCACUUAGGAAAAGGAGUGGAUAAGAGAGUUCAAAUAUUUCAAUUUCUGUUGGCUCUUAAAGAUCCAUUAAAAAGGUUUCUUUUGACAAAAAAUAACAAGUUGUAUACACAAAAUACAAAAAUUGA